UGCCGGCGGCAGUUUGCUUGCGGCUUUGAUACCGAGUGGUAGUGUUGUUCAUUUCAUAAAAAUAACGAAAUGACAGAAUUUAACUGGGAUGAUAGUGCAGUACUUUUAUUAAUAGAAAAGUAUCAAGAAAAUGAACUAUUGUGGAACCCAAGGCACAUGGAUUUCAAGAAUCGCAACAAAAGAAAUGAUACGAUUAGGGAUAUUGCUUCUGUGUUUUACAUAGCAUCAUCAGAAAUUGAGAGAAAACUGAAGAAUUUAUCCAGCCAUUAUUUUCGAGAAAAACGCAAAUAUGAAGAAUCUAAAAGGAGUGGAUCUGGACGGGAUGAUGUUCAAUUGCCGAAAUGGUUUGCUUAUAAGGCGUUAUCAUUUCUUAAUGACAAGAAUGCACCGGUACCAACCGUCAACAGCCACACACCUAGUUCUUCUCAAGAUAAUAUCACUCCCCAGACUAAAAGGACUUCACGAAAGCGAAAUUUAGAGAGAGAACCUGAAGUUGAUGAUGCUUUGCAAUUACUGAGGGAGAUUACGUCUAAUGCAAGGCCACGCGAUGAUGCUGCUAUAUUUGCAGACUAUAUAAGUAGCAAGUUGAGGAAGAUGGAUCAAUACACGAUGUGUACAGUACAACAUCAAAUCCAGAAUAUUGUCUAUGAAGCAGAAAUGAGAAUGGGUUCGAUGAAUUUUGAUACCAAUAAUACUACUCAGCCUCUUCGUUAUCAAAAUGUUCGUCCAGGAUACUUCACAGACCAACCUACAACGCCAUCAAUGUCACCAUCGCCUUCAACUUCGCGCUCUUACUCUGUUCAAUCAGACUAUGAAAUGCAAAAUAGCCUAGAUGUCAACACAAGUGACAGUCUGUUACAAGUCUUGGAAAAUAAUUUAACCGAAAAUAGUGUAAUAGAAAAAGGAAAAUUAAUUAUUGAUAAAUGUUCAUGAUUCCUAAAUAAAACAAUUAUUUGAAUAA